CUCUCACCGCCUUGCCUCGUGAGGAGCACCAACAUGCUAUGGAUAUGAUGCCGUGCUGCGGUUGAGCUCCAGGCGGUCACACACUCAGACGGGGGGUGUUUCCAUAGAUUUCGGUUCACUCCAGUCGUCCUCCCCACGCUGUUCACAAUGUUUCCGCCGCCUCUGUGACCAGCACCUGCCGCCCAUCCUCAUGACGGGUCGACCAUUUAGAUCCUUCGCCUGGAGCACUGAGGGAAGUUUAACUCCGGCGACCUGAGGAUAGGGGCGGAUAAUUACACCAGAACACCAUGAAGCUGUGAGGCUGCAGGAGGCAGCCGCGACGAACAUGAUGGAGGAGGCUGCCAGUCAACUGGAGAGGGACCAUGUGCACAGUGUCUAUGACAAGAUUGCUCCAUAUUUCAAUGACAGCCGCUACAAAGCCUGGCCGAAAGUGCGGCAGUUCCUGCUGGACCUGCCUCCAGGGAGCAUCGUGGCCGACAUCGGUUGUGGCAAUGGCAAAUACCUUCAUAUCAACAAGGAGGUGUUCAAGCUGGGGUGUGAUGUUUGUCGCCCCCUGGUGGACUUUGCUUGGAGCCAAGGACACGAGGUCCAGAUGUGCGACGGCCUGCGCUUGCCUUACAGAGACGGCUGCUUUGAUGCUGUGCUCUCUAUAGCCGUCAUUCAUCAUUUUUCCACCAAAGAGCGUCGCAUUCGGGCAAUAAAGGAGAUGGCUCGCACGCUGCGAGUUGGCGGACGCAUCAUGAUCUACGUGUGGGCCAUGGAGCAGAAGCGGCGGAAAUUCGAGAAACAGGACAUCUUCGUGCCCUGGAACCCCAACCCUCAUCUGUCCUCCAGCUUCAACAGAGACGACACCAAACCCAGGAGGCGGGCCGCGGCACAGAGCGUGAGUGAAGCCAUUGACAACGCUGAGAACUACAGGAAGGUCAGAAGCACAUCCUCUGUGGCCGAUGAAGAAGAUGCGACCCAGGCGGUGCCGCAGCAGAGGACACAGAGACUGUGGUUCUUUUCCAGGUCUCUGGAUUCCGUGUUUGAUUUUGGAAGCUUGGCCAUCUCCUGGCCGUCCUCCAGAGACCUGAGACAUUUACCGUCAGCCACAGGUGAAAACGAGGGGAACAAGCCCAACCAGCGGGCGAGAGGACGAGGCCUCAUCAAACAGGUCUCGAGCUUCUUUUCCCCUCCGUCUGUGAUCGGAUCAGAGGAGGACGUUUUUGACUCGGACACAGACCUGCAAAAAGAUCGGAACGAUCCCGGAGGCCCUAGUAACCCAACCAACAAUAACGGCAAAGAAAAUCAGGGUGUCUCAGUAUCUUUAGCACAGGAGUGUGGCUCACUCGCUCUGCCGGAUCUUAUUUCCUUGCAGCAGGAGAACCUGAGGCAGUCUGAAGAUCAAAGCGCCGGGGGGCCAGUAGGAACAGGGCGACAGGAAGGCACACAGAGUCCUGAGGAGCAGGUAGAAGCUUCCUGUCUGAGGUACUAUCACGUCUUCAGAGAGGGAGAGCUGGCAGAGCUGAUAGAGCAUCAUGUCGAAGAGCUCCAUGUCACACACAACUACUUUGACCACGCCAACUGGUGUGUGGUGGCAGAGAAGGUUCAGUUAUGGAAAAUUUGAUUUUAACUCAUGUUGUGUGUGGGCCAAAUUUUAGCACUUCGCCACACGGUAACGCUUUACAUUCAACGCAGGAAAAUGUCUGUAAAUGUGCAGUUGUAGCUACAGACACCCAGAUCAUUUCCUCUGCUUUUACAUUAUUAUUAUUAUUAGCACUGAUUUAAGAUGGAGUCUUAAAGUAAAAUGGUUCAGCUCAGAGCAAAGCAGUGUGCUAGGAAGGCAUACUGUAUAAUAAUAGUAAUAAUAAUAACAUUUUAAGUAUUUAUUCUGUGUGAAAGCAAGAGGUGGAAACCUUAUGACACAACUUGAGCUUUCUUCUAUUUAUUUGAACUCUUUUCAAAUCUAAGGGGAUGUUGAUGGUUGCACUGUUUUCCUUUUUGGGCUUAAAAGCCAAAGCGACUUAAGAAAGACUGACUGACAUUAUAAACUUCCAUUGGUUUUGGUAUUCUAAUCAUUUUAUCUGUGUAGGAAUCUUAUUGUCUGCCUGUUUUAUGAAAACAUGGAUGUUACCUCUGAGUAUGUAGAGCCAAAUGGACAGUAUCUGUUUGUGUUCUCUGUUAGAUGUUUAAUAGAUGGCUUAUACAGUGCCUUACAAAAGUAUUAAUAUUCCUUUUAACUUUUUUAGUCAUGUCGCUGCCACAAACUUUAUUUUAAUUGAUUGGGAUUUUUAUUUGAUGGCGCAUAAUUCUGAAGAAAUUGGGUUAUUGUUUCAUUAUCUAACCCUGCCUUGAACCUUUUCAUAACUAAAACCCUUCCACCCUGGUGUUUUUCAGUCUUCACUAUUCAGUUUUUCUUUUACUAAAGUUCUCUAACCAAUCUGUGAUGCCCUUACAAAACUCUAUUUAUACUGAAAAUUAAAGGUAGAAGGUGUUGUGCAACUUAAACAUGCAACUUUUAGAGGUAAUCGGGUUGGCUUUUAUGUAGGAGUAAUUGAUUUGAUGGGUCUAAAUACAAAUAGAAAUCCACUUUUAUAUUUAUUUUAUUUUAUUUUAUUUAUUUAAAAAAAAAACGACUACUUUGUGCUUGUCUAUCGCCUCAAAUCUUUGGAAAAAUGUUAUCUAGAAAUAUUCCAUGGGGUGCGAAUACUUUUGCAAGGCAUUGUAAGUCAUUUCUUUUACAAGUAGUGCUCUGAACAGCUUAGAACAUCUUCUAAAAUACUGGUGUUACCCGUCUUAAGUGUUUUGAUGUUGAUAUCAGGAACAGCUGCAUAAUGUCUUGUAACAAGCAGAAAAAAAACCAGCAGUGUGUUUCAGCAAAUAAACUGCCUCAUUUACUGUGAAUGAAACAUUGCACUGUACCAUUAACGUGUCACUGCUUCAUGUCGGAAGAUGGCAGAAAAAAGUGACGCUUUAAAAUCUGACUCUGUGCUUUUAUCUGUACUCAUUGUGCCAAGAAGAAUGAGUUUCUUUUUUUUUUUUUUAAAUAAAGUCUGUGUGGACCAAUUAAUGUUGUGCGGCGUGGAUA